CCAAUUCGAUCAGAAAUCAGAAAUGAGAAGAGCUCAGAACUCAGCAAAGGCGAUAGCUUUUCCUUCGAGGGCUUGACUCCGACCCUUCACACUCACUCGAAUCCGAUCUACAAAAGAUGGUGAAACCAUCGGACUUCAGAGCAGUACACUCGUUUAUCCGGUCACAUUACACCCGGGUCAACCCAAUCACCACCCGCCGGUCAAUCCCACCCUCCAACGGCGUCGCUUCCCACCACACCUCACCACCACCACCCAAACCCCACUUGGGCUUAUCUCAGAUCCUCUCCUCUCCCACCAAUCUCAACCAAAAGCUCCAACCUUUAGGUCUCCCUCGCCUUAAAAACCCAAACUUUACAUUUACAUGUGCGUUCAGGUUGCUUUCCACUAAGACCUCCGGGUUUCGUAAAGUCGAUGGGAGCUUCGCGAGGAAGGUCGUCGACAAGCCUGUGAAGGCUGUUAGCUCUAGCUUCGCUAGGUACCGUGAGGCUAUGGGGUUGCAUGUUGAUGCGUUCUGGAAGAAGAAUAGUCUCGUCUUGUAUGGAGCUGGUGGUGUGUUUGUGUGUAUCUUCCUUUGGAGGAUUAUGUUUGGUAUUGCGAGUACCUUUGUUGGCCUCUCUGAGGGUAUGGCUAAGUAUGGGUUCCUUGCUCUCUCCUCUGCCAUCGUUGCCUUCUCUGGACUGUACCUGCGGUCAAGGUUUACGAUAAAUCCGGAUAAAGUAUACAGGAUGACGAUGAGGAAGAUCAACACAGCAGCUGAUAUUCUUGAAGUUAUGGGAGCUCCUCUGGCUGGAUCAGAUUUGAGAGCCUAUGUGAUGUCAGGUGGUGGGAUAACAUUCAAGAAAUUCAAGCCAACGAUUAGGAGCAAGCGUUGCUUUCUCCUCUUCCCUGUUCAAGGUUCUGAGAGAAAGGGACUUGUUAGCGUCGAAGUUAAGAAGAAGAAAGGCCAGUAUGACAUGAAGCUUUUGGCGGUGGAUAUUCCAAUGGCGUCUGGUCCUGACCAACGGUUAUUUUUGAUUGGCGAUGAAGAAGGGUACAAAGUCGGUGGUGGUUUAAUCUCCGAGUUGAGAGACCCUGUUGUGAAAGCCAUGGCAGCAACUAAGGAGUUCGAUAAUCUUGACAGAAUCGAAGAGGAAGAAGACGCUGAGAGAGAGCUUGAAGAAGCUGAAAGAAAGCACCGUGAAGAGAUUGAGAAGAUUGAAAAAGAGAGCUCUUAAAUUUCGUUUCUUUUUACUUCUUCCCUGGAAUACUUGGAAAAGUUUCUUUCACGAUCUCAUCAGUGGAUAUAAAUUAUAUAAUUAGAGAUGUCAAAUGGGCGGGAUAAAAAUGGGCGGCCCGUGUCCAAAUUGAUAUGGUCUAAAAUGGGCAGGUCCAUUUUGGUCCGUAACUAAAUUUUUGUCCACAUGGACAAACCCAAUUAUAUCAUGGACAAUACUGGACUUAACCAUUUGGACAAUGGGCGGCCCAAAAAUCUAAAAUGUCUAGGUUUAGCAAAUUGGGAAAAACUCAAUAUUUUUUUCGACA